AUGAAUACGAAGUUGGUGUUUGUGCUGGUGUGUCUGUGCGCGACGCAGGCCAGCUGCUAUCUGUUCUCCGCGAAUAACCUGAAGAGGUACUCGAGGAUCUUCCAGUUCGACGGUCUCCUGCGAAACGAGAGCGGAAAUGAAUUGUGGAGAGGAUUGUUCAGGGAUUGCGACAGAUCUGUCACCUUCUCCUGCAUUCAGAAGAACGCUUACACGUAUUUGGACGACGUUUUCAUCGAGAGGGACAAUAUCACCGUGUUCGACGGUCUGACGAUGACGAAGAACGAUUUGGAUUACGGAACCUGCCGGAGGAAGGACGAUCGAGACUCCUUGGACGAGAAUUUGGUGGAAGGAUCUGGUAAACGAAACUGCGACGAGGAAGAAAGUGAAGAAGAGAAGGGGAAGGAGGAAGGUCGGCAAUUCGAGGAGAAUCGAUCACCUCUGGAGGAAGUGACGAACGCUUUGAGGAAGAGGGCGGUGAAAUUCCUGGCAACCAGGGAUUAUCAAAUUCAGCUACCCAAAUUUUUCUUCGAAGGCGCUACCGUUAAAAUAAGUCCCCGAGAGAUAGACGAAAAUGGCGCGCUGGUUAGGGUGGACUUCGGUCAGACCGGUGUGCAGAGCGAAGGAAGAAUUUUCAAGAAAAUUAAAAAAUUCAUACAGAACAAGCUGUUGACCAGCUUACUAGCCCUCCUGUUGAUCAUCAAACUCAUCAAAGUGAAGUUCAUGUUCAUAAUACCAUUCCUGUUCGGCGUUGGCACUGCGAAGAAACUGUUCCUGAAGCUGCUGCUCUUCUUUAUACCGGCGUUCGCACAUGUCUUUAAACUGUGUUCCAGUUUUUACACGGCGCACUCGACCAAGUUCCAUCAUCAUCACCAUCAGAUAGCCCAUCACCAUCACCAUGUGCCAGUUCCGGUACCGAUUCCAGCCUACUACAAUCACCAUCACCAUCAUCACGACGAGGAGGACUUCGACGGAUACGAUUACGCCCAUCCUCACAUCCAGUACAGGAAAGACAUAGAGGAAUUGAAAGAAUGGGGCAUAGAGCCGAACGAGGAGCCGUACGACGAUCAAACGGAGCCUCUAGGAGCGAUGCCGGUUCGAAAUCCACCAGGAGUGCUUCCAGCGCCAUAUCCAGCGCCUUAUCCAGCGCCUACUUACGCAGGAGCGUAUGGUAUACCUCAGUACGCGGCGAACACACAGCCUAUAGCGUCCCCGUAUCCGGAGAAACGUCCUCCAGUGCCAGUUUCGGCCCACAACUUGGCCUACUCAGCGUACGUUGAUAAUAACGGCCGUCGUACAGUGGUGCAAGCGCCUAACCCAGCGGCAAUUAUCAACGCUCCUUCGUUGAACCCUGCGAAUUUACCGUCGACAAUGCUACCGACCGCCACGAACGUGAAAUCUUCGUACACGGUGUUCGGACAGCAGAACCCGAGACAUGUCACGGGGAAGAAUAACUCCUCGGAUAUGAAAGUGGUAGCUGUCGCUAAGCCGCGACAAGGAUUCGACGACGAAUUCUACGGACCUAUAAUCAACAGACUGGAGGAGAUAUUUAAGCAACUGAGAUUCGUCGACGAGGCCUGCAGAGAGAGGCUCGUGUGCAGCAUGUACAAGAACCCGACAGUGUACUCGCCGCAUAGCAAUCUCGUGUCGAACGAACUGUCCAGAGAUCCGCAGGAGUUGAAGCGAGGUGGGACGGAGAGCUCGUCCAGCCGGAAGUUCCACAGAUAUAUGAACGCGGCUAGAUUGGGUCAAGAUGGUGGAGAUUGCCUGAGAACGUAUCCAUGUCACAUAAACACCGAGUAA